AUGCAGAAGAAGCUACUUCUGACUAUGCAGCGGCGAGCUAAGCCAGGGGACAGGGUUUUGGUGAAGAGGGUUUUAGAACGUAGGGGUUUAGACAAUAGGGAUUCGGGAAACGAAGGAAGAGGACGUGGAGCGGAAGGAGGAGGAUUGGCAGGCAGACACGGGGCGAAUGCUGCUGGUGCUGGUGGCGAGUGGGAUGGGGAAGGGAGGAGGAGGAGAGAAGCGAGAAGCAAUGGGGAAAGUGGUGAAGUGAGCGAGGACGAGAGGGAAGAAGAGGGAGAGGAGGAUAGGGGGGAGGAGAGCAGGGAGGAUGAGAGUGGGGAGAGGAAUGUGAGGGAGCAAGCGGGAACAUGGAAGGGGUGGAAGAGGUGGGAGGACAAGAGGCAGCGGCGCGACAGGGAGGGGCGGAAUGAGAAGAGUGGUGACUGGCAAACGGAGGUGGAGGAGGACGAGGAGAGGUGGGAGGAGAAACGAAGAGGGGAGACAGGUGGUGCUGUCAGAGGUGGAGAGCGGGGUGAGGGAGACGCGGAGGGAUUUUCUGUCCAGGUGGCUGCUCAGGUGGCGGCCCAGGCUCUGAUUGGAUGCUUCUGCACCCUGCUGCCACCGCCACUCUUCAUACUACCCCUCCACCUCUUGCCCACCCUCCCACCUCAUCCACCCCUCCUCACCGCGUACCACCGCACUCGGCAGAUUGUGGAGCUGUGGGUGCAGCACGCCCCUGCGCUCUCCCUCAGGAUAUUGGAGCUCUGGAUGCAGCACGCACCCUCUCUCUCCCUCAGGGUCUUUGAUUGGAUGCGCCAGCAGCCGUGGUGCCGCCCGCGCCUCGACUCCUACAGCCUCGCGGUUCAGAUUGCCGCCCACUCCCGCAUUUGGGGACGAAGCGAGGCGCUGUUCGAGGAGAUGCAGGCGGACGGCGUGCGGCCGGACUCGUUUGUCUUUUCUGUGAUGGUGCGCGUGCUGGCGCAGCAGGGGCGGUGGGAGGAUGCGAUUGGAUUGGUGGAGAGGCGGGCGGCAGCAGUCGACCCGGAGCUCAUGUCAUUAGUGAAGGUACUCCUUCACGACAUGGCAUGCUCGCCACACGCCGCCUCCCUCACAGCCGCCCUCCUCUCCUCUCUCUCCUCACUCCCCUCCUCCUCUCCCUCCCCCUCCGCCUCCUCCCGUCCCCUUUCCCCAACCCCUUUCUCUCUUGACCAAGAGUCAUACCGACUCCUCCUCCGCUCCUUCUACUCCCACAACCACCUGCCUCUCAUCCCACCAACCGUAGCCAGCAUGAUUCAAGCAGGCUAUCUCCUCAGCCAAUGGGAUGCCGCCAUGUGGCUCGAGGCCCUCGCUGCCCAGGGCGACGUUGCAGGGAUCCGGGCAGCUGUUGGGGAAAUUCUGGCGCUCGGGCUGCCCGAGCCGGAAAGUUUUCGGAUGGCCAUGGUUUUGGGAUUUGCAAGAGCGGGGGAGAUGGACCGAGCUUGGAGCUUGUUUGUAGGGGGGGAGGAGAGUGAGGGAGUGAGUGAGGGGGUGCAAGAGGGAGUGGCGAGCCAGGUUUCCCAGAAGCCACCUAAGAGGGGUGUGGAGCCGAGUCUGUAUGUGAUGGUGGUGGAGGCGAUGGUGGGGGCGGGACGCAUGGAACAGGCAGAGGCGGUGUGUGCGGAGUAUGGGCGGGCGCACUUGGUCGCUGUGCAGAGGUUCAAAUACGGGCGCCCCUACACUGUACUCCUGUCCGCCUACCUCCUGUCCGGCGAUCUCUCGUCCUUUUCCCGCGUAUGGACAGCAAUGAGGGCGGGCGGCCGCCCGGUAGACAGUUACGUCCUUCGUCUGCUAGCCAAGGCCUGCGCGUCUGUGGGCGGGCUCAAGGGGCUGGCAGUGAUGCUGUGGGCGGCAAGAGAGGGGCGGGAGAGGGAGGUGGGAGGGAGUGAGGGAGGGAGUGUGGGAGGGAGUGAGGAAGUGGAUGGUCAAACGUGGGAUGCUGCCGGGGCGAGAGGUGGAGCAAGUGAAGCAGUGCCAGAAGACAGUGUGACAGAUGAAGCUGGUGCAACCAGUGCAUCAGGUGCAUCAGGUGCAUCAGGUGCAUCAGGUGCAUCAGGUGCAUCUGCAACAGCUACGUUGGUGGAGGUGGCAGAGUUGGCAGCAGGAGCUAUGGUGGUAGAGGCAUCCCCGGAAGAGGUAGAGGCAGCCGAGAGGCAGUUCCCAGUUCUCGCGGCCGAGCUGAGGGGUAGCGACAAGGCGCUCAGGGUAGUCGUCAGGUACCUGUUCAAGGAUGCUAACGUGGCGGGUGGGGAUGAAGCCGUGCCUGCUGACGUGGCGGCUGGAGAUGAUGUCGUGCCUGCUGACGUGGCAGCGAGUGGGGAGAAGGGGGGAGGUGACGUGGAGGAGGGUGGCGGGCACGGGGUUGCUGCGGUGAGAAGCGGAUGGUCUGAAGAGCGUGUGGGUGUGCCAGCAGCAGCAGAGGAGCGUGUGGGUGUGCCGGCAGCAGGGCAGCAGCAUGUGGGUGGUGGAAGGGGCGACGAGGCGUCAGAGGAAGAUCAUGUGGGCGAGGCUGGGCGGGACGUACUGGGGCACUCAGUGUGCGCGAGUGAUGGGAUGGUGGAGGGGGUGGAGGGAGCACAGAGAGAGGAGAAGGAGAGGGGACAAGAGGGGGAUGCGGGAGAAGAGGGUGAAGGAAUCAGGGAGGGAGAGGAAGGAGGAGCAGCAGAGGCGAAGGGAGAGUUAGAGAGAGGGCAGCGAGGCAGAGGAGGGCAGGAGGGGGAGGAGCGGAUACCUUUGGGGGCUCAAGUGGUGGAAGUAAGGGGCGGUGCAGGGGCGGGAGGGGAGGGAGUGGAGGGAGUGGAGGGAGUGGAGGGAGUGGAGGGAGUGGAGGGAGUGGAGGGAGUGGAGGGAGUGGGAAUGCCAGUGGCGGCAACAGCAGGGGACGGGACAGGGGCUGCAGCAGUGGCAGUGGCAGAAGCAGCAGGGGAAGGAGCGACAGACGAUGUAGCAGUGGUGGCAGCAGUGGUGGUAGCAGGGGUGGCAGCAGGGGUGGCAGCAGGGGUGGCAGCAGGGGUGGCAGCAGGGGUGGCAGCAGUAGAAGAUGAUAGGGAGAGAAGAGAGAUGGAAAGGACGGGAGGGGAAGGCGAGGGGUCAGUAGUGAGGAAUGGAGGGGAGAGCGGAGGAGUUUCAAGUGGUGCUAAUGGUAGCAACAGUGGCAGCAGCAGCAGCAGCAGCAGCAGCAGCAGUGAGAGCUUGGCAGAGCGAAGGCUGGCGAUGGGAUGGGUUGGGGGAAGGCGUGGGGAGGGCAGAGGGGGUAGAGAGGGAGGGAGGGGGAAGAGUGUGGAUGGAUCCAAGCUGAGAAGGCCAGUUGUGGGCGGCAAAGCGGAUUCUGGUACAGUGCAGCACGGUGGCAGUGGGAGGGAUGAGAGCCAACUAGGUGUAGUGCAGCAGGCUGUAGCAGAGGCGGCUGUAACAGAGGCGGCUGUAGCAGAGACGGCUGUAGCAGAGACGGCUGUAGCAGAGAUGGCUGUAGCAGAAACGGCAGUAGCAGAGCGGGCUGUAGCAGAGCGGGAUGUAGCAGAGACGGCCGUAGCAGAGCGGGCUGUAGCAGAGACAGCUGUAGCAGAGACAGCUGUAGCCGAGCGGGCUGUAGAGGCAGCUGUAGCAGAGACAUCACGAGAGGGGGAUUUACCUGAGGAGAUGGUAGCGCAAGCGGGUGGGGGAGAGGCAGAGGUGGUGCACGGCGCUUCAACGAAUGUGACUUCACCAGAGGCUGUGGGGAUUGAGGCUGCUGCAGCUGCAGGGAGUGAUGCUGCACCUGUGGGGAUGGUAGAGCAUGUGGUUGGGGGAGAGACAGCGGUGGUGGAUGAUGCUACAACGAAUGUGACUUCACCAGAGGCUGUGGGGAUUGAGGCUGCUGCAGCUGCAGGGAGUGAUGCUGCACCUGUGGGGAUGGUAGAGCAUGUGGUUGGGGGAGAGACAGCGGUGGUGGAUGAUGCUACAACGAAUGUGACUUCACCAGAGGCUGUGGGGAUUGAGGCUGCUGCAGCUGCAGGGAGUGAUGCUGCACCUGUGGGGAUGGUAGAGCAUGUGGUUGGGGGAGAGACAGCGGUGGUGGAUGAUGCUACAACGAAUGUGACUUCACCAGAGGCUGUGGGGAUUGAGGCUGCUGCAGCUGCAGGGAGUGAUGCUGCACCUGUGGGGAUGGUAGAGCAUGUGGUUGGGGGAGAGACAGCGGUGGUGGAUGAUGCUACAACGAAUGUGACUUCACCAGAGGCUGUGGGGAUUGAGGCUGCUGCAGCUGCAGGGAGUGAUGCUGCACCUGUGGGGAUGGUAGAGCAUGUGGUUGGGGGAGAGACAGCGGUGGUGGAUGAUGCUACAACGAAUGUGACUUCACCAGAGGCUGUGGGGAUUGAGGCUGCUGCAGCUGCAGGGAGUGAUGCUGCACCUGUGGGGAUGGUAGAGCAUGUGGUUGGGGGAGAGACAGCGGUGGUGGAUGAUGCUACAACGAAUGUGACUUCACCAGAGGCUGUGGGGAUUGAGGCUGCUGCAGCUGCAGGGAGUGAUGCUGCACCUGUGGGGAUGGUAGAGCAUGUGGUUGGGGGAGAGACAGCGGUGGUGGAUGAUGCUACAACGAAUGUGACUUCACCAGAGGUGGCGGAUCCCGCCGCCCCUCCGCCCCCUCCGGCUGCAUGGGGGCGUGUUCUCUCUGCCCUGCGCGACCCCGGGCAGUACGGGCAGCUGAAAGAAGUUUACCGGAUGAUGCUAAGCGCUUUGGAGCGGGAGGGGACUCAAGUGCGCUGGCAUCAAGGGCAGGAGGGACAGGAGGAGGUUCAAAUGCGCAGGCAGCAGGGGCAAGACGGGCAGGAGGAGCUGAGAUGGGGGCAGCAGGGGCGGGAGGAGAUGCAAGAGGGGCGGGAGGAGAUGCAAGAGGGGCGGGUGGAGAUGCAAGAGGGGCGGGUGGAGAUGCAAGAGGGGCGGGUGGAGAUGCAAGAGGGGCGGAGCAUGAGUUGUUCUGCUGGUACUGAAGAUGGGGGGGUUGACAGUAGAAGUGACACUAGAGAGGGUGACAGUAGAGGGAGGGGCAGGGGUAGAAUUGACAGCAGCGGCAGUGAUAGUAACGAGAGUGAUAGUAAUGAGAGUGUUACAGUCUUUACAGGAGGGUAUGUGCUUCCAUUCAAUCUGGUGCUGAUGUCAGCAUGCAGGCGGGGAGCAGCUGAUGACGUAGCAGCUGUUUUUGGUGACAUGCUCAGUCAUAACGUCAUCCCGUCAUGGGUAUGUGAUAGGCAUUAUGGCCACCCGCUUCCCCCUAAAACUGCCAACCUUCUUGGUGCACCCUCUCCCCCCACUCCUCCUCAACCUCCCCCCCCCACGCCCCCACUCCCUCUCUGCCCUCUUCUCCCUCCCGAGCUCCCUUUACAGAGAUCUCUACUCUUCGUGCUGAAGGGUGCAUGUGGCCCCAACCAGCCGUUCCCCUCCCCCACGUCGCUCGUUGCCUUUGUUGCCUCUAAGGCCACUCAGCUGCCACCAGAGCCACACGCGUCUGAUGAACCCGCGACAGCUGCCGCGGUUACAUCUGAUGCAGUUACGUCGGACAGGGUUACGUCUGCGGCGGCCCCGUGUGCCAGCUCAGCGUCGUCCGCGCAUGACAGGUCAGCAUCAUCCACGCAUGCCAGGUCAGCGUUAUCCACGCAUGCCAGGUCAGCGUCAUCCGCGCGUGCUCGGGAGGUUCUGGAGAAUAUGGCAGUGCUGCUGAUCGGAGAGCCGUGGGCCGUUGAUCGGCUGAGAUGGAGCGUGGAGAUCGCAGAGUGCAUCCAGAGGGCUCAGGGCAGCAGCCCCCUCCUUCUGCCCUCUCCUCUGGCACGACGAUUCUUCUUUGCCUCUAGGAGCCUGCGGUUGGUUGGUAGGGAGAGGGACGAGGAGGGGGGUGAUGAGGUGAGGGGAGACGCAGAGAAGCGGGAUGAAUUGAGGGGUGGAAUGGAAGGGGAAGAAGAACAGGAGUGUGCAGGGAAGGGGAAAGAGGAGGAGGAAGGGGAGAAUGGGUAUGAAGGGAGAGGGGUAGGAGAAGAGGGGGAGCAGAUUGAGCGUGGAGGAGAAGUGGGAUUGGGUGGGAGUGAUGCUGGUGUUGGUGCUUCAAAACGAACGCAGCUGUUGAUUGGGGUGGUUCGGCCGGACGAGAGACGCGAGGAGGAGAAGUGGGAGGGAGGCUCGGUGGCCGUGCUAGGCUCGGCAGAGGCUCGGGAGGAGCUGGCCGAUCGGAUGGAAGCACUUUUAGAGGCCAGCACUGCUGCCCGGCAGGCUGCCUGGGAAGAAAAAACUGCCCGGCGGGCAGUUGAGCAGGCAGAGUGGGCAGAAAAACAGUUGAGUGUGAAUGCAGAGUGGAGGGAGGCGAGGGAGAGGGAGAGGGGGGUGGCAGUGGAAAGGUGGGUGAAGGGGAGAGGUAGGGUGAAGAGUGUUAAUGAGGCGUGGACUCAAGUGGUGGAGCGAGAGAGAGGGAUCAAAGGAGGGGUUGACGGGGGAAGGGAGAGGGGGUUGGAAGGUGGGGAUGAAAGGGGAGAAGAGAAGGCGAUGAUGGUGGGUGAUGGGGGGUUUGAUACGGUGAAGGGGAUGAUAGUGGGUGAUGGGGGGUUUGAGAAGCGCAUGUUGGAGAGGCAAGGGGAGGGGCGGGAAGGAGGAGGGUCGCACAGCAUCCUCCCAGACCCAGCCUCUUGUGAGUCUCUCCUCUCAGCCCUUCGCAUCGCCUCAACGCACCACCCUCAACGCCAACCCUCGCCCGACCCGUCCCCACUUCCUCCUCCUCCUCCGUCCUCCUCCUCCUCAGCGCACUCUCCUUCGACCCCGGCUCCCAUCGCUUCCUCCGCAGUCCCUCAAGAGACGUCACUCCAAGUAACCACAACUCCCCCCCUGCCCACGGCGACUUUUCAGGCGCCUCAAACUUCGAACCUUGCUCCCAUCACUUCCUCCGCAGUCCCUCAAGAGACAUCACCCCCAGUAGCCACAACUCCCCCCCUGCCCACGGCACGGGCCAUGCUGUGGCGCCUGGCGGGUGCUGGUGCUGCACUGUCCGCUGCUGCCUUCAACGAGGCCAUUCGAGAGGCUGCUGAGUGCUGCGAGAGGGGCGAUGAGGGGAGCGAGUCCGAAAUGCCUUCAGCAGCAGCACCACCAUCAGCACCAUCAGCAGCAGCAGCAGCGAUGGUGGAGGAGGUGGAGGGGCUUCUGCUUGAGAUGCAUCGACGGGGCGAGCUGCCGAACCAGGACCCCUCGUGCUACAUAGCGCACCUCUCGCCGGCUCUGCCGCGCCUCUCGCGCCACUUAGCGCGCCUCACGCGCCACUUAGCGCGCCUCACGCGCCACUUAGCGCGCCUCACACGCCACUUAGCGCGCCUCACGCGCCACUUAGCGCACCUCUCCCCGGCUCUGCCGCACCUCUUGCGCCACUUAGCGCACCUCUCCCCGGCUCUGCCGCGCCUCUCGCGCAACUUAGCGCACUUCCGCCGGCUCUGCCGUGCCCCUCGCGCCAUCUCGGCGCUCCCCCCCUCCCCUCGACCGUCCGCCGCGACGAACGCGACCGUCAGCCGCGGACGCGACGAACGCGACCGUCAGCCGCGGACGCGACGAACGCGACCGUCAGCCGCGGACGCGACGACCGCGACCGACAACCGCGGACGCGACGUCCGCGCCGACGACGAGGGCGGACGCGACGUCCGCGCCGACGGGCAGCGCGGACACAACAUCCGCGCCGACGACGAGGGCGGACGCGACGUCCGCGCCGACGGGCAGCGCGGACGCGACAUCCGCGCCGACGACGAGGGCGGACGCGACGUCCGCGCCGACGGGCAGCGCGGACGCGACAUCCGCGCCGACGACGAGGGCGGACGCGACGUCCGCGCCGACGGGCAGCGCGGACGCGACAUCCGCGCCGACGACGAGGGCGGACGCGACGUCCGCGCCGACGGGCAGCGCGGACGCGACAUCCGCGCCAACGACGAGGGCGGACGUGACGUCCGCGCCGACGGGCAGCGCGGACGCGCCACCCGCGCCGACGACGAGGGCGGUCGCGACGUCCGCGCCGACGGGCAGCGCGGACGCGACAUCCGCGGACAGCCGCCGCGGUCGGGACGAACGCGGGCAGCCGCCGCGGACGGGACGAACGCGGGCAGCCGCCGCGGACGGGACGAACGCGGGCAGCCGCCGCGGACGGGACGAACGCGGGCAACCGCCGAGGACGGGACGAACGCGGGCAGCAGCUACGGACGGGACGAACGCGGGCAGCAGCCGCGGACGGGACGAACGCGGGCAGCCGCGAACGCGACCAGACGGGGGAGUACCCAGCUGCGGACAGCACGCAACUCAUCCCCACCACUGACCGCGCCGUCCCUCCGGACAGCGUCGUCACCUCUAGCACCUCCACCGUCCCCUCCUCCCCCCCCCCCCCCCCCCCCUCCCCCCCCCCCUCCUCCCUCACUCGUUAUGGCAGACGAACCUUCGUCGCUUGAGCUCGCCUCGAUUGACAAACUCGAGCUCCUCAACGGCACCACCGCAGUCAAUUGGGUGUCGUUUGAGGAGAAUCUCUUCACGUACCUUGGCUCCGUCCGAGUGGGAGAUUAUUGCCUUCUUGACGUCGUCCUCGAAACGCCUCACGGCCUCCCUCCCACCCCGCCCCCGCUCCCAGGCUCCUCCCCUCCUGACGCCCCACCACUCCCGACCGAACCCGCCCCUCAAGCCCCCAUCCUAGGGGCUUGGGAGGAUGACCCAGACAGGUGGGCUCGCACCCUCAACAAGUACAACAAGGAGCGAGACGACUACGUCAUCAAGGGCAGAGCACACGCGGCUGCCGUCGCCGCUCACGAAGCUGCUACUGCAAAGCUUGCAGAGUUCAAAGCCAUCUCCGAAGCAUACUCUACUAACCUUCACACCCUUCUUACAGCACGCAUCCUUGACUGCCUCCCACCCACCUAUGACACUUACCGCAUCAACUUCACCUCCCAGCACAUUCGUCCUCCCCCUGUAGCUGUUACCAUCGACUGGCUCCUUGACAAACUGCCGCAACUGCUGCAACUACUGAACAACCCACCUCCUCCUCUCACCCCCCCGGCUUCACACCGUUUCCUUCCACAGGCUUCAUAG